UAAAAAUGCUGCCAAAAGAGCACGAAACAAGUAAUGAAGACCAAACUCCAAAAUCUCAAAUUCAGGAACCUCAGUUCUCCAGCUCCCAGCUGGAGAACUGGAGGCAACACGUUGAGAAGGAAGCUGAGCAAGACCUAUUAUUACUUGUGAAGACUGACGGGACUACAGACCAUAGCUUUGUUAAUAAGCUAAGAGUUCUCUUAGAACACUUCCUUACAGAUCAGAAAUCUACCAACGAGGAGGACCAGCCAGGCUUAGGAGGAAAUUUAGACACCGGCAGAAGUACUUUUCAAGAUAAAUAAACUCAAAGGGGAGCUAGAAGAGCCGAAUUUUAACCGGUUAACCAUUCAUAAUAAAUUAGCUAAAGCUAAUAACGAUGAGCUUCUCAAUGGAUACAUCAGCAUUGAUCAGAUUAAAAAGAGGAUGUUAUCCUGCUCUAAAUCAUCCAAAAACAGCACCUCUAAAGAUCAGAAGGGGAGAAAUAUUGCAAAGUCUAAAAUAUUAUACAAGACGCUUCUAUCGUCUGCUUUCAGAAAUACAGAUUUAGUUAAAACCUCUGAUUUUUGAUCCCUUUUCGUUGAGAAUAUACUGGAAGUGAAUCAGAGACUUAUUAGUCACCAAAUAAAAUUUAUUGAUCUUCAGAAAGAAAUAGAGGGAGUCGAUGAGAAAUAUUUGUCAAUGAAGUCCAAUUUAAUAGCACCAAAUUCAUGCAUGAGCUCAGGAAAUUUGCUUAAAAACUCAGAUAUUGCUCCCAGAAUCGUAGAAAUUCAUUUAAAUCCUCCAAGGCUAACACUUGAUCAUUCAAAAAUGCCUGGCUUGGUGGCAGAUGAGAAUAAUAAGUAUCUGUUCUUUUUCUAUGAUGCUUGAGGAAGAUAUUUAGGUAAGCUUGAGCAAGGGGAUUCCAACACAGAAAGCUGAAGUCCUGGUUCAAGCAGCUUAACAAUCGAUGGUUGCAAGAUAAAUAAUGAUUUAUCCCUUCUUCAGAACGUCAAAGUUCAGAUUUAUAAUAGUAAUGAGGACUUCUGCACUGAAACUCCAGGAGAUCCCUCUGGCAUCUUGAGUGAUGAUGUUGACUCUAAUUCGAACAGUAGUGGGGCAGAUUACAAGUUCAGGUUCAGGCAAACUCCUGAUCUGAAAUUAGGAGACUUCGGUGACAUCAAGGAAGAAGAGGAAGAUUAUGAGAAGGAGUUUCUUCCUCAUUUUGCCACUUCUAAAAUCAUUCUUCCUGAAGUAAUCGAGCCUUGCCAAGAGACCAUCUCAGUUACAGCUGAAGUUAUUAAGGAAACUCAGUGAGAAGAGAAUGAAGAUAGUGAUGAUGACUCCUUUUUAGAUGAUGACGAUGGAAUCGGACUGGGCUCCACACGAAAAAGAACCAAACACAUCAAUAUUGGAACGAUGCACCUCUCCUUUGGUGUAAAAUAUGAGGAUAUCGAGCAAAGAUUAGAUUGCAACAAGAAAAAUGAGACUGAUAAAUUGAAUCUUGCUGUUGAAGCUUUAACAAAAGAGAUAGACGAUACGAGACUUUCUUUGAAAUAACAGUAUUUGUUGGGCAAAUUCCAUCGAAUUUUCUCCCAUACUAGGACUUUAUGACAAUAAGACAGAUCCUUUACCCCAAACACCAUGAGAUGAGUUUCAAGAUUUCUUUGAAGAGCCGCUUGUACGCUCAUCUAUUCUCUGUGGGUCUGGCCGGACUUCUGAUGAUUGCUGUAUAAUAUUUUAA